UUGUAGCAGCAGCUGCUGCGAUAGUUGUAUUAUGUCGUCCGAACGUAAACUAGUUGUUGUCUCCGGUUUUGGACCAUUUAUAGGCCAUGAAGCGAUCAAUGCCAGCUGGGAGGCAGUUAAACUAUUGCCCGAUCAAAUAAACCACAAUGGAGAGGAGUUUGAAUUGGCGAAACAGCUGGUGAGCGUUGAAUAUGGCGCGGUGGACAAGGCUGUGGAUGAAAUUUGGGCGCGCCAACCUGAUUUGGUUAUUCAUGUUGGCGUUUCGGGAAUUGCGAAAUGCGUCUAUUUGGAGAAAUUAGCCUAUAAUCAUCAAUUUAAGCGACCAGAUAAUACGGGGGAGUAUUUGAAAAAUGGCACUUGCGUGCUCAAGCAUAAUGGCAAAGCAAAUGUUUUGCGUUGUGGCCUAAAUGUUGAUAAGAUUGUGGAGGCUGUAAAUGUUAAUUGUGUGGAAUGUGUAGCGGCUGGCCAUGAGAAUGAUUUGAACAAGCAACUGCCUGGCGCCACGAAGGCAUCGAAAAAUGUGGGCAGCUUCCUUUGUGGGUAUAUCUAUCUGAAAUCUUUGGAUGUAAACACACAAAAGAGUUUAUUUGUUCAUGUACCACCAAUUGAUAAGCCUUUUAGCAGUACCCAAACUGCGGAUAUACUGUACAAGAUAAUAGAACAAUGCAUUGAACAAAUUUCAAAAUGCUGAUGCCUUAUUUUAUUGCAAAGCGAACGCAUUUAAAAACGCCAAAUAUGUAUUUUUAUUAACAUGUUAACUAAUGAAUAGUAAGUGAUGUUUUUUAAUUUAAAUAAAUGUUUUAACAAACGAGGGAUCUCUUACUAUUGAUUUUCAAAUUGGAGAUCCCACAAAAUAUAAAAGUUUUA